UAGUGAUAAUCACUACUAUUCGAAACCGAAGAUCCUCCAUAUAAAUUUUACCCGAUUUUUUUUUUCUUUUUCUUGUUGCCACUUUCUUACCAUUAGUAAUAAAUGGCAACUUUAAAUCAAUAUGAUAAAACGAAUUCAAAAUCACCACCGGGACAUGGUCAUAUAGUAUGUCAUUUAUCUUCUUCAACAACCAGACCUUCCUUUUCAACUUUUCGUGCUUCAUAUCCAAUAAAACUUUUAACACCUAAAGUACAUAGUCCAUAUUUAGCAGCAGCUUAUAUUAUAACAUAUGGAGGAGGAAUGGUGUCAGGAGAUUCUGUUUUUCUUUCAGUCGAAAUCCAUCCAAAUGUUAAUUUAAUGUUAUUAACACAAGGUUCGACUAAAAUAUACAAACAACGCCCAGGAAAGAUGUUUGUUAAUAACAAUAUUCUACAAAACGGCGAAGGAUUGAAAAUCUCAGAAGGAACUCGACAAAAGCUUAAUUCUUUCAUACAUAAGAAUGCUUUAUUGCUUCAGUUACCUGAUCCAACAACUUGUUUUCGUGAUGCUGAUUUUACUCAACGACAGGUAUUUACAUUACAAGAUGUCACUUCCUCUGUCAUUAUACUUGACUGGUUUACUUGUGGCAGAAUGUCCCGUGGUGAGCGUUGGGAUUUUUUUAAAUAUGAUUCUGGUAUUGAUUUAAUUCUUAGUGAUAAAUUAAUUUUUCGUGAUGUUGUAUUAUUAAAAAAUGAUAAUCAAAAUAAUAUACUAAAAAAACGAUUGGAACCUUAUGAAUGUUAUGCUACUUUAGUUUUAUAUGGACCAAAAGUUAUACCUUUAAUUAAUUUUAUAAUAGAAGAAUUUAAUAAAAUUGUUAUUGGUAAAAUCGAUAAAAUGCCUGAAUUAGUUUGGUCCGCAUCUAUCCUUAAUGAAAAACAAAGUAUAAUAAAUGGUGUGGUUGUUAAAGUUGCUGGAAUAACAACUGAACUUGUAAGAAAUUUUUUAGUUAAAUUUGCUCUUAAAGAUCUUAAAGAUAUAAUCGGUGAAAAUUUAUUUGAACGAGCUUUAUAGAUUAUUGACUUAUUUGUUUAUGGAAAACAUUCCCUUCAUGUUUAGCCUUAAAUUCCGAAAUACAUAUUAAAAGUACAUAAUAAAGUACAUUAUCUUUUAAUAAGUUUUGAUAAUUAUAAUUAGUUAACUUUAAAUUUUGGAAUAACUUAAAGGAUUAUGAAGAAAGAUUAAUCUUUUAAAUGAUUUCAAAGGUUAAAUUAAAUAUCACUGUAUUUAAUUCUUAUAGCCAUU